AUGGAUUUUAUUGGAGACAUUGUAGAACAUGAAGUUGGUGCACCAGUUGCACCUUCUGCCACUCAAGUUGAAGGUUUCCCUAAAAGAGUAAAGAAGGAAUCUAGAUGGAAACUGAGAAUGAAGAAGAGAGAUGAUUCAGAAGAUGCACAUCCAUUACCAAAAAAGAUUACUAAGCAACUUAGUGAGUCAGAGAAGAUUCACGAGGAGAAUAUGAAGAAGAUAAGUCAAAUGACUGAAGGAGAAAUUGCUAAUGAAAGAGAUGAAUUAUUGGAAUCAUUAGAUCCAAAUUUAGUGAAGAGUUUACUUAAAAGAGUGGAGAAGAGACAAAAGCAUGAACAUGAGAACCAUACACACGCUGAGGGACAUGAUGGAUGGAUUGGAGGUGACAAAGAGGGCAAUCUUAGCCUACCAUCAUUGGACCUGGCUGAUGUAGACCUAGCUUUGGGUAUCAAUCAAUUAAAUAUUGCAGAUGACAUUUCUGCUGACAAAGAAGAUGCGAAAAAGGUUCGAUUUGAUGAUGUAGCCACAAUCAAGUAUGAAGACCUAGAUGACGAUGUGGAACUCGACCCUAAUGGUUGGGAGGAUGUAGAAGAUGUCAAUGAUUUGUUCCCCGGUGCUGCUAGUGGACUUGAUGAAGUUGCUGACAAGGGUUACCAAUUAGUUGAAGAUGAAGAAGAUGAAGAAAAACUUGGAGUUCAUUUUCCUAAACCUAUAACCACCGAAGAUCAAGAACUUGAUUUGAAUGAUCCUGAGUUUUAUAAUAAGUUACACGAGAAGUAUUAUCCCGAUUUACCUAAGGAAACCAAUAAACUUUCCUGGAUGACUACUCCAAUGCCUCGCACAACAUCAACUACAUAUGAAUCGAUUGGAGAUAUGAGAUUUGACUUUAAGGGUAAUUUGGUUGAAUUGAACGAAGAUGAGGACAAGAAUGGAGCACCAACAUACCUUGGACUUCACCAUCACUCUGAAAACCCACACCUUGCUGGCUACACUUUGGCUGAAUUGGCACAUCUUUCAAGAUCAGUGGUACCUGGUCAACGAUGUGUUUCAAUCCAAGUACUUGGUAGAGUGUUGCAUAAAUUAGGUUUGCACAAGUAUAACAUUUUACCAGUCAGUGAAGAUCCUCAAGAUGCAGAGUUUAACGAGAGUAUUAAGGAAGUAUUAGAAAAUUUUGAAAAGAUGAUGUGGGAUUUAAUAGAAGAAUUGAGAAUAAUAGAAACACUUACCGAAGCAGCUGACGAGGCAAAGACCAAGAAUCUUUCAGUAAGGAACUACGCUCUUGAAGCACUUUGGUUAUGGAGACAGGGUCAAGAAUCAAAGGAAGAGGAAGAAAAGAAAGUUUAA